GAUCGACUCGCGGGGUCUCGUGUGCGCGUGUUGGCGAAGAGAGGAUAGGAGAAAGGCGAAAGGGAGGGCGAAGAAGAGAAGCGAUAUAGGGAGAUAGAGGGUGGUGUCGGUUUCUAGGGUUUUUCUUGGGGGACCGAAAGCGGCUUCGGUCUUCGAUUCAGGUUUUUAAAUCGUUUAUGGUUUCUUUCCCUCUCGCCUUCCGAUUUUUUCUGCUCUCUUGUGGAUAAAUCUGGCUGGGAUUUGGUAUCUUCGAUUUUGUAAGGUUGGUUAAAGGAGAUUCGUUUUGAAUUCUGAGAUAGCAAUCUUUUGGAUCACGGUGUUGGUUUUGACUUUUAGGGUUUCUCCUGCAUGGUGCGAUUCGGUGGUUAGGUUUUCGAUUUUUAGGGGGGUGGGGUGAAGAGAGCUUGGUUGAAAAUUUGAGUACAUUUAGGGUUUUAGCUUGUGAUCUCAGAAGCUCUGAAUUGGUCUUUGUUGUUGGAUUAGUGAAGGAGGAUUUGGGUCAAGUUGGCAUUUGUUUGUAUUUGGUAGCAAGCUCAGGUUUACGGGAUAAUUUUCACUAUUUCUAGUGUAAUUGUGCAUAUUUCAGUGAAAGAUCUUCCGGCCAUAAAUAAUUUGCUAAAUUAUAGAUUCAUCCCAAAUGGCCACUGAUAGAAUAAUAAUACGCCCUUCUUGGUAAAUUUGUCGUUUGUAACCUACAAAGAAAUUAAAAAAAGACAAUCAAGUUAUUUUGCGGCAAAUAAUUUGGAUGCAUUGCAACAGAUAAUGUUGUGCAAUCUUUUCACAUGAUUGAUGUGAACAGACAGAUUGAUUAUAUGGCACCAACGGUUCUUCUAGAGUACACCAAUCAAAAGCAGAUGAAGAAAAGUUCACAAGAUCUUUCCUUUGCAAUGGGGAAGCUGCAGAAAUUAUGUUCCGGUUCUGUCGUCGACUACCAACAUGGAUUAGAGGUGAUGCUUGAAUCGGAAUGUUUUGCGAGCUCAACUCAUGCUGAUUCUAAAGAUUCCACUUCUCCAAAGAGGAAGAGGUGCAUAACCUUAAAUGUGGGCAGAUGCAAUAGUUUUAAUGUACCACUGCAGGUGAUUUGUUUGUCCAAGAUGUCUGGUUUUCAAAAAAAGGAAUUGAAAACGAAACUAAAAUCAGAGCUAGAGCAAACCCAGGUGUUUCAGGAGAAACUGAACUUGAGGAGUGUCUUAAAUGUUGGUGUUACAACAUCAUCUUCUAUUAAUGAGAAUGAGAAAAAAAGUGAUCCCACAGUGCGGAGUGGCUCCCAGAUGAAGCGUGGGAUAUCAGGAAAGUUUGAGUCUUCAAAAACAGCUGAACAUCCAGUUUCUGCGAACAAUUCAAAUUUAGUGUUGAUGAAACAGUGUCAGACACUCCUCAAGCUGUUGAUGUCGCACCAGUAUGGUUGGGUUUUUAACAAACCAGUUGAUCCUAAGAAGUUGAACAUUCCUGAUUAUUACACUGUCAUUAAGCAACCAAUGGAUCUGGGCACCAUCAAGAAAAAAAUAACCUCGGGUGCUUACUCCAGCCCAUGGGGUUUUGUUGCAGAUAUUAGGCUUACUUUUACAAACGCGAUGACAUACAACCCACCGGGUAAUGAUGUCCAUAUCAUGGCAGAUACAGUGAGCAAGUUCUUUGAAACUCGGUGGAAACCAAUAGAAAAAGAGUUAGCUUCAGCAGAUGCACAUGUUAAGAGAGAAACUCAAGCUCCCAAGUCAGUGUCCUCAUCCAAAAAGAGGAAAAUGCCCCUUAAUGACUCCAAUACCCCUGCACCUGAGAGUAUAAUACCCAAGAUGACUGAUGAGGAUAAACAAAGUCUUACCAGACGAUUGGAGUCACUUUUGGCAGAUCUACCAGAUUACAUUAUUGAUUUUCUGAGACGGAACAGUGGAAAUAUGAAUCAGAGUUGCGAGGAAAUAGAAAUUGAUAUUGAGACUCUUGGUGAGGACACACUUUUUGAGUUGCAAAAGCUUCUAGAUAACUAUUUGCAGGAGAGAGAGACAAGACAAGUGAAAGUGAAGCAGUGCAAAGGGGAGGUGAAUGAAAAUGGUGUACACACUUCAGCGAUGUAUUCUUGUAAAGGCAAUGAUUUUGCUGAUGAGGAUGUGGAUAUCUGUGGCGAUGAUCCUCCCAUGUCUUGCUACCCUACUUUAGCAAUAGAAAAGGAUGCAAAGGCUAGAAAUAUUAAGUGUAGCAGUUCAAGCAGUUCAAGUAGCGAUUCAGGUUCUACCGGUGACUCUGACAGUUCCACCGGGAGUGAACCAGAGGAGCAAGUUUCUGUUCCAAAAGAUGCUGCUAAGGAAAAUUCAGGAACUAAGGCAAGUUCUGAUCAAGAGAAAAGUGACGUAAUGAACCCACUUGACUUUAAUAGAACUUGGAGUGGGUUGAGUCAGUCAGAGAAAGAUGCUCAUCCUAGAUCUUUAUUGGUCGAGGCUGAUGAGUGCCAAGAGGGGGAGCAUGCUCCAUCUGAGAGACAAGUCUCCCCACAAAAGCUAUAUAGAGCAGCUUUGCUUAGGAGCCGUUUUGCUGAUACAAUUCUCAAAGCUCGGGAGAAAACUCUUCACCAGGGUGACAAGGGGGACCCUGAAAAACUACGGCGUGAGAGAGAGGAAAUUGAACGACAGCAAAGGGAAGAGAGAGCACGGCUGCAAGCAGAAGCUAAAGCUGCUGAGGAUGCUCGCAGACAAGCUGAAGCAGAAGCUGCAGCUGAAGCUAAGCGCAAAAGAGAGCUCGAGAGAGAAGCAGCACGUCAGGCUUUGCUGAAGGUGGAGAAAACUGUGGACAUCAAUGAGGACUGUCGGAUUCUUAAAGAUCUGGAAAUGCUUAGAACAGCUCCAGCUGAAGAAAUACCGAUGUCCCUUGAUGAGAAGUGCUCAGAUUAUUAUCUGAAUGGCAUAGGGGGCUUCAAACUUGGUGGUAACCCUUUAGAGCAACUUGGGCUAUUCAUUAAAGUCGAUGAUGAAGAAGAGGAAGAGGGUGAACCUAAAGGUGCUCCUGAAAUUGAUGUUGAGGAAGGAGAGAUUGAUUGACUGUAUAAUACUAUAUUGCUUAGAUUUUGCUCUUGGAUCUGGUCAGAACUAUACAUUCUGACAUUUGGAAAAGAUAAUGCAGCUCAAGUGAUUAGUUGGGCUGUUAAGUGUCUUGGUUGUGGAGUGUGCUUCUUCCUGGGGCAUUAAAUUGACUGCUGCUACCGUUCAGUGAAUGGAGAGAUUAAAGGUGGUUCAUUUGCUAUUAAGCCAGCAUUCAGAUUUGGAAGUCCGGUUUUCUGUGAAGUACUUCAGAGUUGGGGAAAGCUGAAAAUUUAUCUAUGGUUCAGAGAGAGGAUUGGCUGAUUUGUUCCUUGGAAACCAAGCAUUUGGCUUUCAUGCUGGGAGAUUGCUUUAUCGAAAUUGUGCAUGAGGUUUCUUAUCUCAUAGCUUCUUUUUCAUAAUUAGGUUUCUUUAUGUUCUCUGAACUGAAAAGAAGCAAAUACAUAGAAACAAAUUCCUUGAUUUUUCUCCUUGAGAUGGUUUACUCUCGAGCAUGACACUAUUUAUGUUAAAAGUUUGCCUAAGAGAUGUACUGGGGCUUUGGGCUUUGUAUGUUGCUGGACAUUGAGUGAGAUUGGAAUCCUCUGCACUCUAAAAAAUCAAUGAAGUGAAAUGAGAGACAUGAAACCUUUUGUA